CUCUCUCUGUGUCUGUGACAUAACCAAAGAAUUUGUGUAAUCUCUGACUUCUGAGUAAUUUAAAAUUUUUGUAGAAAGUAGAAAAAUUACAUAAAGUAUUGUAUUUUGAAGUAUAAAUUAAAAUCUAUCAAUGCAAAAUGAAUAGUAUCGGUGAAGAGUGUACUGAAUUAAAGAAAAAAUAUGAUGACUGUUUCAAUUCUUGGUUUUCUGAGCGAUUUCUUAAAGGAGAUCAUGACGACUCAGUAUGUGCCGGGAUUUUUAAGAUUUAUCAAGAAUGUGUAAAGAAAGCUAUGAAGCAGCAAAAUAUUGAUUUUAAGGACAUUGAUAAGGAUGUUUUAGGGACUGAAAAUGAGUUUAAGGUACCUCCAACUGAGGGCAGUAGUUGACAGAAUUGUGACCUAGUGUGUGUUUAAUCCAAUUACUUGUUGGAUUAUCUUUUAUUUUAAUUUAACUAAAGGUGCAAUUACAAAUUCUGUAUAAUAGUAAUUACAUUACAUACCUCUAAAACCCAGUACACUAGUUAAUUCAAUAGUAAAACAAUUAUAAGUUUAAUUGUGACAUAAAACUUUUAAACAAUUGUCUAGUACUAUCUUCCUUUUUUUCAACUAUAACUUAAAUACAAGUACAAUUUUGUGCAUUUAUCCAUUAUCUAGUUAUGAAGCAAUUAGUUCAAAUUUAUUAAUUAUUUGAAGAAAUGGAAUGUAUGGUUUAUAAAAUCCUGUAAUUUAAAAGCAUAAUUAAAUUGGAGUACAUUUUACAUUAGUUUAAUAAAUCAUGACAUUUAUGUUAAGCCAUUUUAUGAAUGAAAU